AAACAUGUGCCUUUUAGGGUUCUUUUGUUGCCUCUUCCUUCCCCCUCUGAAUAGACCAAACAGGUGAUCCGUCUGCUGGAGAAGCAGCAAAAUGCUUGCUGGGGUAUUUGCCUCCCUCUCCCUUCUCUCUCUCUUUUUGUUAUGCUAAUGCAGGCUGACAUCACCGCUCACAUCAAAGCCCGGAGGAGGACAUAUAAGCAGGUUGGGAAGGGAAGGGGAGGAAAGAGUCAGAAAGCAGUUUUACAGCUGCUCUUGCUCUGCUUAGACCGGGGACUCCGUGCGUAAAAACGCAACAUUGCGCAUCUCCAAGAAGAGCCUCGCUCUUUCCCCUUCCUCGCCUCCCUCAUCAUCCUCACUCCUUUCCCCUUUUAACCCCUCGCUGUGUGGGCUUCUCCUCUCUCCGUUUACUCCAUCAUCCGACUUUAUCACUUUUUAAAGUACUUAUUUUUUUUUCUUUUUACGGCCAGAGGACAGAACAAUGUUUGGUUUGGAGAGGUCUCUUGCAACCAGCUCCCCAGCACUGAGGCUUUUUGGAAGAAAGGAGACUUUUUAAAAAGGAAAGAACUGGUGUACCAAUAUUUUUUAAAUAAUAAUAAUAGGAAGAGGAUUUGGAGGAGAAACUCAAGUUCAGUCUGCUGCAAGGUUGGCAUCUGGAAGAAUUCCUGUUGAAAACAAACACUUCCAAGAAGGUGAUCUCUCCAUUAUACGUCUUUGUCUCUCCGAAAGAAAUUCAGGAAGAGAAAUAGAACGGGACGGCGGAAGAUGGCAUUGAGACACUGUCUAGUGGCCUUUCUCCUGGCUUUCGUUUUGCAGAACGGGACUUGCAAUGGAAUCAAAUGGCUAGCCUUGUUCAAAACGCCCUCCGCUCUCGCCUUAAACCAGACGCAACAUUGCAAGCAGUUGGAAGGGCUGGUGGUUUCCCAAGUGCAACUGUGCCGCAGCAACUUGGAGCUCAUGCAAACCAUCAUCCAGGCGGCACGGGAGGUGAUCAAGACCUGCCGCAAAACCUUCUCCGACAUGCGGUGGAAUUGUUCCUCCAUCGCGUUGGCCCCUAACUACCUGCUGGAUUUGGAGAGAGGCACCAGGGAGUCCGCUUUUGUGUACGCGCUCUCCGCCGCGGCCAUCAGCCACACCAUAGCCCGAGCGUGCACCACGGGGGACCUCCCUGGCUGCUCCUGCGGUCCCAUCCCAGGUGAGACACCUGGACCUGGGUAUCGCUGGGGAGGAUGUGCUGACAACCUCAACUAUGGUCUUGUCAUGGGGUCCAAAUUUUCAGAUGCUCCCAUGAAGAUGAAAAAAUCAGGAUCACAAGCCAAUAAGCUGAUGCAUCUGCACAACAGUGAAGUAGGGAGACAGGCCUUGAAAGCAUCCAUGGAAAUGAAAUGCAAAUGCCACGGAGUGUCUGGCUCCUGCUCCAUCAAGACUUGUUGGAAGGGGCUGCAGGAGCUGAGGGACGUUGCCCUGGACUUGAAAAACAAAUAUCUUUCAGCCACAAAAGUGGUGCACCGCCCCAUGGGCACCCGCAAGCACUUGGUCCCCAAGGAUCUUGAUAUCCGUCCGGUCAAGGAGUCGGAGCUGGUUUACCUGCAGAGCUCUCCUGAUUUCUGUAUGAAGAAUGACAAAGUGGGAUCCCACGGGACUCAAGACAGGCAAUGCAACAAAACCUCCAACGGGAGCGACAGCUGUGACCUCAUGUGCUGCGGCCGUGGCUACAACCCCUACAUGGACAAAGUGGUGGAGCGCUGCCACUGCAAGUACCACUGGUGCUGCUACGUCACUUGCAAAAAGUGCGAGAGGACUGUCGAGAGAUACGUCUGCAAAUGAGGUCCACUCGGCAGAGCCCUUGCCAUCAGCGGGCUCAAGGACAAGGAAGCCCAUGCCCAACUUUCUCCAAGUCCUUUUUGGACAGAGGACAGCAGCUUUCCCACACUGUAGACUACGUUUACCCCAUGAAUGCGUGGGGAAAUUGAGACAAUUGGUGAAAAGUUACGGUGGCUUUUGAAUGGUGGUAUCAUUUUGAGGCACAUGGGGUACGAACCUUGGAGAAAGCAAUGCCAUUCCUUGGAUGUUGAAGAAGACUUCAAAUGCAAAAUGAAUAGAAACCUUCAUUGCAAGGACAAAUGGAAAGAUCGGACUCAGUUCUUACAAUGGCCAUCUCACAUUCGGCUACUGAGUGCAAUGUGUGGGGAUGGCAAAUGGGGGACUUUUGGAAAGGCUGGAUAAGAAUGGCAUGAAAGUCAUGAGGAAAAAAAAUUGGUGCUCCAUUGUAACACGUUGGAUGCAAUAUCCGAGAGAUAACGGGAUUUGGUCCUUGAUAAAGGGAAUAAUAUAGUUUUAGCACUGCAUGCCAAAUAAGAUUUCUGUCCCGAAUUGCAUUUUCUUUCAGUCCCCAAAUUCUUAGCAUUGCAGGGAAUAAGACACUGAAAAUUGUUCCCAGGAAGUUCUCAUUUUGGCUGUGUUUACUUUUGCUUGGCACGUCUAAGCGAUAUUUCUGAAUGCAUACCUGCUAGGCUAGCGGCUAGCCCCCUUUCCCACAUCCUGAUAUUGACCUGUGUGUCUGCAGAUGGUUUUCUUUUGUGAUGUGGCACCAAGAGUUAUUUGCUAGACCUUUGUUGUUUGGACAUAUCUACAUAGGUUGGUAAAGCCAAUCCAGAGCAGAACUGGGUCUGAACUGGCCCUUCUGGAUGUGCCAUCUAGAUCUCAGGAUUUGCAACUAUGGCCUAGCGACUAGCCCCCUUUCCCACAUCCUGAUAUUGACCUGUGUGUCUGCAGAUGGUUUUCUUUUGUGAUGUGGCACCAAGAGUUAUUUGCUAGACUUUUCUUGUUUGGACAUGUCUACAUAGGUUGGUAAAGCCAAUUCAGAGCAGAACUGGGUCUGAUCUGGCCCCUCUGGAUGAACCAUCUAGAUCUCAGGAUUUGCAGCUAUGGCCUAGCGGCUAGCCCCCUUUCCCACAUCCUGUUAUUGACCUGUGUGUCUGCAGAUGGUUUCCUUUUGUGAUGUGGCACCAAGAGUUAUUUGCUAGACUUUUGUUGUUUGGACAAAUCUACAUAGGUUGGUAAAGUCAAUUCAGAGCAGAACUGGGUCUGAACUAGCCCUUCUGGAUGUGCCAUCUAGAUCUCAGGAUUUGCAGCUAUGGCUAGCAGCUAGCCCCCUUUCCUACAUCCUGAUAUUGACCUGUGUGUCUGCAGAUGGUUUUCCUUUGUGAUGUGGCACCAAGAGUUAUUUGCUAGACUUUUGUUGUUUGGUCAAAGCCAAUUCAGAGCAGAACUGGGUCUGAUCUGGCCCUUCUGGAUGAACCAUCUAGAUCUCAAGAUUUGCAGCUAUAGUCUAGCCCCCUUUCCCCAAGGCAGUAUCAUUUUUCAGAUUUCCUCCUGUUUUCCUAAAAAUAAAGACUAUCCCUUCCAAGGAUUCCAAGAAAUGCAAACCAUCUAGAUUUUUACCAUCGAGCCUUUUAACUUUUAUCCCCAGCGCCACUGGAAUGUGGCCCCAGACAAAUUGAAGGGAAGGAAUUCCCCCACCCAAUGAAUGCCUAUUUGUGUGUGUAGCUGCAAACAAACUCCCCCAAACCCCAGAACCCACUAAGGUGCAUCUCCACAUUCCCGAGAAGACAGAGCAUUGCCUAUUUGAAGCCAACCUCACCAAAGUAUUGGAACGAGAUGCACAGUCCGACCGGGUUUCUAGUGCAUAACCACUAUCCGUUAUGGCUGUACAUAUUUUUUAUUUUGUAUGCGGAACAUACAGAAAUAUUUAUAAAAAUAUAUCUGAUGCUUUCCCCUCCCUUUAUUCUACUUUAUACAAAUUUAUAUAUAUAUGAUAUAUGCUAUAAACAAGCUUAACAAUGGUAUGAAAUAAAGGCUAGAAUUACACACAGGUUUGAAAA